GUGAGACUUUGUCUAAAAAAAAAAAAAAAGAAAAAUGCUCAGAGACUGUAACAUAUUAAUCUUUAUGACAUCAAUGGUAUCAAGCAAACUAGCCAAAAUGCUUAUUCAACGUCUUGGCCAAGUUUAACCCCUUUUCAUGCAACCUAGACCACAUUUUAGGUGCAGUGAGUGUUAACCAAGAACCAACUGCUGCUCUUUACCCGCCGCCACUGAGUCGUGGAGGCAGAGGCUCAGGUGUGUUCAAGAAUCAGCUUCCUCCCUAACCCACGGCCAUGGCCCAGGAAGGCAUCACUGCUGGAGGUGUCAUGGACCUUAACACUGCUUUACAAGAGGCCCUGAAGGCCGCCCUCAUCCACGAUGGCCUAGCACGUGGAAUUCGAGAAGCUGCCAAAGCCUUAGACAAGUGCUGGGCCCAUCCUCGUGUGCUGUCCCCAACUGUGAUGAGCCUGCCUAUGUGGCUGGUGAAGGCUCUUGAUGCUGAACACCAGAUCACCCAAAUUAAGGUUGAUGACAAGAAACUAGGGGAAGGGGUGGGCCACUGUAAAACUGACAGGGAAAACCCUUAAAGUGGCUGGUUGCAGUUGUGUAGUGUUAAGGACCAUGGCAAAGGAUGUCAUCAAAGAGUUGUUUGAGAUGGAGUCUC